CUAGUUUUGAUAUGUAGUUUGAAUUAUUUCUUACCAGUAUGUCUUUUUUUGACGGGGACAUACUGAUUUUUUGGCAUUUCUUUGUAAAUCAAACCAUCUAUUCUCAAUGGUACCAUCAGCAUUCUAGAUCCUAGCAGACGGCAGUUAGUCGCCUCGUCUCUUUCGCAGAGUGAACAUGUAUCCGUAAAAAGUCAAUCAACGGAUGAAAGAAUCCUGAAAUCAUAUAAUUAGCCAGUAAUAAUAAUUAGCUGAAUUGAAAAUGGCAGCUUUGACAAGAGAACCUUUGGAAAAUGCCGAAGACAAGCAACUACAAUUUGAUCAGCUCACAUAUAAUUGGGUCGAUAUAACCAAUGAGUUCUUUAGUUCUGUACAAAGUUUGGAACUAGGAGAACUUUUGCACGAUGAAUUAUUUGGACUAUUUGAAGCUAUGUCCGCUAUCGAGAUGAUGGACCCAAAAAUGGAUGCUGGAAUGUUGUGUAACAGGGGCAACAAUAAGCCAUACUCUUUCAAACAGGCUGUUGACUCUGGCGCUAUUAAAUUGGACAAUUUAACUCAAUCUGAAGUUAUAGGGAUUAUCGAUUCUACAUACUCUUGCAUAGUAUCUUGGCUCGAAGGGCAUAGUCUUGCGCAAACCGUUUUUACCAACUUGUAUCUCCAUCAACCAGGACAAAUAUUAGACAAGCCUCUACGGACGUUUUGUUAUGCGAUUUAUAAAAUAAUAGAGAUCAUUAGAGAUUGCAUUAACAAAGCCAUGGUGUUUGAGGAAGAAGAUUUCCAAAGUGUCACCUAUGGCUAUAGAUUACAGCAAUACAUUACAGAGCAAAAGGCGAUAGCCAUGUUAAAAGAAGUUGAAGAGGAACUGCACAGGAAGAGCAGGAUAAAACCUGUAGACGAUGAAUCUGAUAGAGAAUACAACGACGCGCUGGCUUUGUACGCGAGGAUAAGAUUUACUAAAAUGUUCUACCAAACUGUGUCGCUCAUGGAAAGAAAAAAGCAAAUUCAGCAAGGCUUAGUAGACUGCCAAAGGCUCUUAUCCAAUUGCUCUGAUAUGAUGCAAGUCAUGCUAAAAACUGUAAAUCGAGGUGUAAAUGCUGAUGAAAUGUGUGAUCAUCCAAACAUUAUGGGGUUUGAUCCCAUGGUAAAUCAACGAUUAUUACCUCCAACGUUUCCGAGAUAUACAAAAAUUAAACCGCGAAGCGAAGCUCUGGAAUAUAUAGAUAAAUUAUUGAAUCGGUUGAAAACUGUUAGCAAAAUUACAGGCUACACCAGUUUCCACGGAGCUCUGGAUUUUUUCUUGGAAUUUUCACGCCAGAGCCCAUGUAUACUGUCAAGAUCCAUGCUGCAAAUUGUUUAUCUGCCAUUACCCAAUCGGGUCUUCGGGAGCCAGAGUUUUGGCGAUGUGUUGAGAGACGCUGCAAGAGCCUUCAUAGCUCCUCCAGCUCUGAUGCCAAAGAUAACGUUAUUGCAAAAUGAUCAGGCCAAAGAUUAUGUCGAUGGUUUUUUAGGCCAUUGUGUUUGCCUAUUCGGAAGCCUGGUACAACUCACUGGCCACAAUCGAGCGAGACAAAGGGAUAAACUUGCACAUUUAUUAGAAGACUUUGCAGCUCUCCAGGAUGAGGCAGAGCGAGUGGAUUCGUACCUGCACACUUUGUCGUUGAAAAGUGACACGCCAAGACCCCACCUAGCGUGUUUUGGUACCUGGAUAUUGUAUCAUACGUUGAGAGUGAUGGUUAUGUAUUUGCUCAGCGGUUUUGAGUUGGAAUUAUAUUCGGUCCAUGAGUAUCACUACAUUUUUUGGUAUCUUUACGAGUUUCUCUACGGCUGGCUUAUCGCCACCAUUACAAGGGCAGAUACUUUUCUAAUGAAACAAGAUAUUCAUAAUGAAACUCAAAAGGGCAGGGGAGCGAAGAAAAGUGCGAAAAAUAAAAAAAAAAAAUCGACACCGAGGCCCUACAGCUUAGAAAUUCUUAUCUAUCAAGCCUUGCAAAAUAUCUGCGAAGGAUAUUAUCAGGCGCUAGUAGGAUUUCGUAUUGACAAAAAGAUCCCCUCACCUGAGUCUCAGUUCGACUCUGAGAGAGUUCGUUAUGAACACAGACUUCUCCCUUUCGCCUCAUUACUGACACCACCUCCGGUUCACUAUCAAAAAUUCCUGGACAUGACCAGCGAACAGAUGCAAAACAUAAACGAACCGGUCACGAGUGAAACACAGUACUUAGCUGGAUGUCGAAAUUUUCACCAGGCCAGAAAUAUGCUGGAAAGCGCGCGCUCCCUGUACCCUGCGAAUGUGCAUACCGUAAACGAGAUAAACGAUUUACUUAAAGUAUCCAAAACCAACUUCAUAGUACUGAAAUUACUGGCUGGUGGACACAAAAAGGAUUCUACUGACCCUCCGAUAUUCGAUUUCUCAUGCCAUCAACAUUUUCCAUUGAUUAAGCUAGCGUAAUGAAUUCUCGUCGUCGUUUGAUUGCAUAUAAAAAAAUAAGUAUACAUGAAUAAAGAAAGUUUACAUAUAUUUAUUUGAUCCAUCGCCCGGACUCUUUGGACGUAUAUUUUUUUUUUAAUUGGAGCAGAAAAAUAUUUUUUUUUUUCCUAAACGUUUUCGAUCGAAAUCGCUGUAUUAGUGUAAAUAAAUCAUUUUUUGUUGUCAAUA